ACUAGAGCUGUUCAUAUACACUUUAUACUUCUUAUAAACUUCAGUCCACACAGGACGUCGACUGGACCACAACAAGGGACGUAUUUCACUUCACGCAGUUAGAUUAUGUCAUUCAUAAAAGUUGAGUGUGUAGUGAACCAGCAGAAUGAGGUUGGAGAAAGUCCAGUCUGGGAAGAAAAAGAUGCCACUCUGUUGUAUGUUGAUAUUUUUGGACCAAGGAUCAGCAGGUGGAACUCGCUGACCAACCAGAUAGAGAGCAUGCCCACAGACACAUAUGUGGGCUGUGUGGUUCCACGAAAGUCAGGGGGAUAUAUGAUCGGAGAGGGAACAAGCUUUGCUGCAGUAGACUGGGAGAAGCGUUCAAUCACAACCAUUGCACAUGUGGACACGGAAAAGAACAACACCCGCAUUAAUGAUGGGAAAGUGGAUCCAGCCGGCAGGUUUUUUGCAGGUACAAUGGCAAUUGAGGUUCGUCCAGCUGAGCUGGAGAGGAAACAGGGCUCUGUGUACAGUCUGAACCCUGAUCACUCUGUCAUUAAACACUUUGAUCAGGUGGAUCUCUCUAAUGGGCUGGACUGGUCUCCAGAUCAUCGCUUCUUUUACUAUGUAGACAGUCUCACUUACAUGGUGGAGGUUUUUGACUACGAUAUAAACACCGGCAGCAUAUCUAAUCGCAGAAUGGUAUACAAGCUGGAGAAGGAUGAAGGCAUUCCUGAUGGCAUGUGUAUUGAUACAGAGGGCAAAAUAUGGCUGGCCUGCUACAAUGGAGGAAGGGUGGUGCGCAUUGACCCACAAACAGGGAGCAGGCUGCAGACAGUGAAGCUACCUGUUACUAAAACAACAUCAUGCUGUUUUGGAGGGAAGGAUUACACUGAUCUGUAUGUUACCUCUGCUUAUAAAGGCAUUGACAAGGAGGCAGUAGCCAAACAGCCUGAAGCUGGAUGUAUUUUUAAGGUCUCUGGUUUGGGAGUGAAAGGAAUUCCUCCAUAUUCAUUUGCUGGAUGACACUCCAAAAGAACAAACAUAUUACAAUUAGGCAUAAUGAGCUGUUUGAGUGGAAUCUAAUACGUGUUUACCUGAUCAUUAUAUGAAUUUGAUUUAUUCAUUCCUUAAUCUUUAACUGCUUCAUCCUGGUCUUGGUUGCAGUGACUUUAGUGUUACCUGGAAUCACUUGGUACACAGCAUAAUACAGCCUAGACAGGAUGUUAAUCCGAACACAUUUAAUCACUUAGUUAUUCACACUUUGGGGCAGUUCAUUUACACGCAGGCAUGUUUUUGGAAGGUGAAAGGAAAACAAGAAAACAAAAGAACUGAGGGAAAUCCAUGCACACAUGGAAAGAUGUCAAAAACUCUUCACACACAUUGACCUGGAGCAAGAAUCAAACCCUUAAGGACCCAUGUUGCACUCUACCAGUAUACUGCUACCGAGUAAAGGCUUGGCCAUCUUUACAAUCAUACCCAUUGUGAUUCCAUAGUCAAACAUUGAAUCACCAUGUACUAUAGUUUGUAGUGUGUAUAUAUACAGUAUAUAUAUAUUUAUAUAUAUUUAUAUUAUACAUGUACAUGUACAAAUAGGACUCGGUGUGUUAUGCCUACAAUAAUGGAAGAACAAAGAAUACAUUUCUUUCAUAUUAUUAUUGCCCAAGAUUUUGUCACUUUAUGUACUUUAUGUACAUGUUUAGUGAUUUGUACUCAUCCCAUAACAGACUUUCAGAGCUUUUAAAAUCAUAAAAAUUAUGCUGAGCAAAUAAACACUUAUAGCUUAGAUACAAACACAGCAGUUUGUCAGUAAUAAUUAAGAUUAACUGUUUGUAUACAUCUAAAAACAAAUGCAGUAUUUUUUAAUUCUUUGUAAAAUUAUCUGUACUCUGGAGGAAUCCCACAAUGCAGAAAGAGAAACUGAAUGUUAUUACAUUUAAUUUUGGCAAUAACUAUGCACUAUUUUGACUGAUGCAAUAAAGUCUACCACAGAAAAGCAAUGAAA